CAGCCGGUAGUACUAGCCCGAUCACUUACACAGACACUAGUAGUCGAUGGAAAACCCAUCAGUCACAAGUAGAAGCGCCAGGGAAAAUGGAGCUUUUACGGUCGGGGAUGGUGUUGCUCCUUCUCCAAGUUCUGCAGCUGUGUGUGCUCGGUGCAUCAGGUAAAUCAGACCAACAGUGGCUAAACAUUCAAAGGACCAUUUCCAGAGCUGUGGAGGAGUACACUCCCUGUAGUCCGGUCAACUGUAGCUGUCAUCUGAGCGUCCUUCAGGACGAUCUGCGUCCGUUCCAAGGGGGCGUGUCGGAGAAGCUGAUGGCGAGCACCGUGCGUCGGGGGGUGGGCACCCACUACCAAAUCAUCGGCCACAAACUGUACCGCGAGAGCAACUGCAUGUUUCCAGCCAGGUGCAGCGGAGUGGAGCAUUUCAUCCUGCAGGUGAUUGACAGGCUGGCCGACAUGGAGAUGGUGAUCAACGUCAGAGAUUACCCACAAGCCCCGGGAUGGGUGCAGCCCACCUUCCCCGUCCUCUCUUUCAGUAAGACGGCUGACUACCAGGACAUCAUGUACCCUGCCUGGACCUUCUGGGAGGGGGGUCCGGCGGUGUGGCCCAUCUACCCCACGGGGCUGGGCCGCUGGGACCUGAUGAGGGACGACCUGGAAAGGUCUGCUGCCCAGUGGCCCUGGAAGAACAAGGACCCCAAAGGGUUCUUCAGGGGAUCCAGAACCAGCGCAGAGCGGGACCCUCUGAUCCUCAUGUCCAGGGAGAACCCGGAGCUGGUGGACGCAGAGUACACCAAGAACCAGGCCUGGAAGUCUGAGAGGGACACUUUGGGCAGACCUCCAGCCAAGGAGAUCCCUCUGGUGGACCACUGCAAAUACAAGUACCUGUUCAACUUCCGCGGCGUGGCGGCCAGCUUCCGCCUGAAGCACCUCUUCCUGUGCGGCUCGCUGGUCUUCCACGUGGGCGACGAGUGGCACGAGUUCUUCUACGGCCAGCUGCGGCCCUGGGUCCACUACGUACCGCUCAGACAGGACCUCGCCGACGUCAGGGAACUGCUCCAGUUUGUGAAACAUCAUGACGCAAUUGCGCAGGAUAUUGCCCUCAGGGGUCGACGGUUCAUCCUGGAGCACCUCGACAUGGAGGACGUGUCAUGUUACUGGGAGCAGCUCCUCUCCCAGUUCGGCCGCCUCCUCCAGUACCGCCCCCAGAGGAACACGUCGUACGCCCAGAUCAGCCCCAGGGCCCGCCGCACAGAGCUAUAACCCCCUCGAUCUGACCCUGAGCUCCGCUGUACCGGUGGGGCGUUUAAAACAGCGUCUAGUCAGAUGAACGAUGAAUGUGUUUGUGUGGACCUGUCUCUUGUUGGAAAAAAAAAAAAUGACAUCUUCUGAAAUUGAAAUUGAUUUUUUUUUUAUCAUCUCGCAGUAUCACAGUGCACCUAGUCAACAAAGGGUUGGAUAGAAAAGCAGAUUUUUGUAUUUAUUUUCCGUCCAAAUCGAAACCCACUUUAACAUACUCAGCCGUUUGUGAUAAUGUCACUGCCCUAACGGGCCAAACAACAAGGACUCCAUCACAGAUGAUGAAAUCCCACUCAAAUAAAUCUCCAGGAUACUUAUUGUGUGACGGAAGAGACGGCUGCAUUAUCUGGUCUUUGUAAAGGGCAAUAACGUUAGUUAUUGGUUCGUCUUGGGCUGGGUUUUCUUGGACAUAACCAGGACAUGUAUUGAGAGCAGUAAGGUCACGUUAUUCUAUUCUCACGAACGAAUGAGGGAAUUCUGUAAUUCAGAGUGGUCCAUUUGUGAGCUAGGUUCACGUUAGGUAGUAAAAGUAGUGUCUUUUAACUAUUAGUGAUAAUUAAUAUAAUUUACAAAGUGUGUGUGUGUGUGUGUUAAACGUAUGAAGCGUUUAUAUUUCUAUUCACACACUGCCAUCUACUGGGCAAAUAUGAUUUCUGCAAUACACUUGGCGAUUACCCUAACUUCAGUUUUUUAAACGUUCAUACACAAGACAAUUUAUUUUUAGUUUUUUUUUUACUUUUAUAGAUAUGAUGUCGGAGUUGGAUGCUAUUCGUAGUAAAGCUGUAUUAUAUAUAUUAUAUAUAUAUAUAUAUAGUUACCUUUAUUUUUACACAGUAUUUGUAAUCCGCUGUCAGGGGCCAUAUAAUCCCUCCCCCCUUGUCUGUUUCUAGUUUGAUUUGUGUUCUUAAAAAGGUACUUCAUGUUACGCAAUGACCAACUGUUACCAUUCCGGCCAAACUGUUACUUGUUACAUCUUAACUGCAUUGUGUUCAUUUUUUAUAUUAUGGUGUUUUAAUUCUUUCUUUAAACUAGUUUUCCUCAUCUAUGCAAUUUUGCAUAAUUUAAUGUUCAUUCUGUUAUCAAAUUAAAAAAACAUUAAAAU